ACUACGGGACCAAAGACUUAUUUUGCGAAAAUAGUCAAACUGUGAACAUGGGGAAAGUGCAUUCCUAGGACUGUCCGUUAGUGAGUCUCAUAUUUCUGAAACGAGCGUACGUUUCCCGACGGAUUCACAUGGUGUCGAUUUAAUUAUACUAUCGAAUUAAAUAAAUAUAAAAAAGCGAACACUUUAUGCCAUGGCUAAUAAUUCGUUCCGAUUUUUUUUGCGCGCGAAUUUUUUCCAAAUGAUAAGGUGAACCUCAGUCAUCACCUUCAUCAUUGUUUUUCUUCAAUUGUUUCGGUGUGUGUUAAAUUGUUUCUGGCGUGAUUUGAAACCUACGUAGAGAACCGUGUGGUGAAGAAUGAUUUGUUUUGGACCAAACUAACGUCCUUACAGUGUUAUAACUCAGUGAAUGGAAUAACGGUGAGAAUCCUAAUUAUAUUUUGAUAAUGAGUUAUAAGGUACCAAGUAUGAAUUAUGUAACAUUGAAUAAUUGACGGUUUUUCGAUACCUACCGACCGCCUGCCUACCUCCAUCAACACUUCGUAAUGCUGCAACAGACGCCCACCUGCAAAUAAUGUGAACUAGCUUUGAAUAACCUGCCUCCGGCCUCCACCUUCUCAAAUUUCGUGAGCAGAGUCUCUCUCCUAUAAGAACGAACGUUAAAAGAAACGAGCAAUGAUUCGUACAAGUCUCUUGGUACUUUUACUUUUGAGUGCGUGUAAGGCUUUCAAUAUUCUGGUCUUCUAUCCUUGUCCUGGCUACAGUCAUCAACGGGGAAUUCUAGCCCUGACGGAGAGGCUGGUUAAAGAUGGUCAUAAACUUUUUGUUAUGAGUCCAAAUGCUGUGCCCGGUCUGGAAGAACAUACAAAUUACACCUACGUUGACUUUUCGUUUUCGUACCAGUACUUCACAGAUGACAAAAAAGCGGAUGAUAGCGAGUUGGUGAAUGUGCAGAGACCAGUGUCUAAAUGGAAACUUCCUGAGUUAUGGCCUGCAUUGCCGAUGUCGCACGGAAGCAGCUUAUGAGUGAGGCAUUUUUGCAGUUCAAUCGGCGCGUGAAGUCAGACAAAAUCACAUUCGACCUUAUAAUCAUCGAGACGCUCUACAUCCCGUACGCGUGUAUAUUAGCCAAGGAGUUCUCUGAAUCUGCGCCGAUUAUUUCUAUGUCUUCUAUAACGACGGACUUCGUGGCGGAGGAUCAUCUCGGAAGCAUAAUGCACCUAUCCUUCCAGCCUUCACGGAGCUACACGAAUCGGAUGAGUCUGUGGCAGAAAUUGGACAAUUGGGUUACCCAUUACUACAUAGUGCCUGAACUGAAGAAACAAAUGGGUAUCGCAACGCGCAGGUAUUGCAAGGACGUCUACGGCCCUGAAUAUGAAAGUAUUGUAGGUGGCUGCGAAUGGCAGUCGAAGAUCAGUCUUUCGUUGAUCACAUCCAACCCGAUCUAUUUUUAUCCUCGACUUCUAGGUCCCAACGUCAUCGAAGUUGGUCCACUACAUAUCAAGCAAUCAGAAAAACUACCGCAGAAUUUACAAAAAUGGCUUGACGACGCCAAAACUGGUGUGAUAUACUUCAGUCUUGGGAGCAACGUAAGAAGUAAAUCAUUGCCUGAAAAUGUGCUGGCCAACUUUUUGAGGUGUUUUAGAGAGCUGCAGCCACAAGGUUACCGAGUUUUGUGGAAAUGGGAGCUGGACGGAGAAAUUCCGGGACAAUCCAGCAAUAUCCUCGCCCAAAAAUGGAUUCCACAAGAAAGUGUUUUAGCUCACCCAGAGGUGAAAAUCUUCAUCAUGCAAGGUGGACUCCAAAGUUUCCAGGAGACAGUGCACUAUGGUACUCCAAUAGUGGGGAUCCCUUGGUUUGGAGACCAAGAGGUUAACGUCAAUAAAAUAGUGGACGCAGAAAUCGGAGUGCGACUGCUCCCAAGCGAUCUCGACUCAUACGAGAGGGUCAAAACCGCUAUCGGAACUGUGCUUUUUAAUGAAAAAUAUUUCAUGAACAUGAAGAGACUUUCAGCCAUAUCGCAUGACUUCACCGCUCGAGGAAUGGACCAAGCGGUAUUUUGGGUAGAGCACGUCGCUAAACACGGUGGGGCAUCUCACUUAAGGCCUUCGACUGCCGAUGCCACUCUUUUUGAGUACUUUUGCCUGGGCAUUAUUGCAGUGAUAUUUCUUUUUAGUUUUCUGUUCUUUUACUUUUUACGCAUUCUACUUCAAUUCAUUUCCUCUAAAGUUAGUAAGGCAUUCGAAAAUAAACUGAAAUCGUCGUAAGCGUUUGCUUUCAUUUAUA